AUGGAUGAGGAGCUGCUGGCCCUGCGAGAGCAGCUGGUGGCCGAGGCCACCUGCCCGUUGUGCCUGGAUGUGUUCGAGCAGCCCGUGCUCACGGCGUGCGGGCACAGCUUCUGCGGGCAGUGCCUGGCGGGCGUGCUGGGGGAACCCCCGCGCCCCGCCGCCUGCCCGCAGUGCCGCGCCCGGCUGGAGCCGGGCUCGCAGCGCCCCAACCGCGCCCUGGGCAACGUGGCCGGGCUGGCCCGGUCCCUGGAGGAGGUGGCGGCGCGGCCGCGGUGCCCCCAGCACGGCAAGGCCCUGGCGCUGUUCUGCGAGCCCUGCGCCGCCCUGCUCUGCGCGCCCUGCCGGGACGGGCCCGAGCACGGCCGGCACCGUGUGCGCCCCGAAGAGGCCGCCCGGGAGCUGCGGGAGACACUCCAGAAAAACCUGCUUUCUCUACAAAAGCAGAAGAAAAAAAUGAAGCGCAGAGGAGACCAGAAAAGUGGAGACCUGCAGGUGACGGUGAGGUCGGAGCUGCAGCGUGUGACUGAGACCUUUGAGGGGCUGCAGCAGUGCCUGGAGGAGCAGAAGGAGACCCUGCUGGGGCAGCUGGAGCAGAUGUCCCUGGAGCUGGUCAAUAAGAGCGAGGAAUACACGUGCAGGUUCCUCAAGGAUGUUGGCAGAAUCCUGAGCAGCUGUGAGGCAGCCAAGGCCCCGAUCCCAGAGCCAGUUUCCCCAGAGCUGCACAAGAGCAUUCAGAGCCUCACUUGGAGGAGCCAGCAGGUCGUGGACAUGGUGGAUAAAUUCAGAGGUAAAGCCCUGCUGGCUCUGUGCUGUGCUUCCCCUGGGCUUGGCCGGCAGUGGGGAAUCCUCACUGCCUGGUGCCUCUGCCUGGGGCUCAGGAGCAAAACGGCUGCUCCAGAUGGGAACCAUCCCCAGGAUGGGCUUUGCUGGAGCCUGGGGCUCCACAUCUGGCUUGCUGCCCUGCUGGGGAGCAGGACAGGUGCCACAGGAGAGACAUUCAUGCAUCUUCCUUUCCUUCUUCCAGUGAAACUGCAGAGUCAGAAAGAGUGGGGCAUAAGGGAGCAGGUGACGCUGGACCCAGAGACAGCGAAUCCUUACCUGAUCCUCUCGCGGGACUGCAAAACGGUCUGGGUAGGAGCUGGAAAAGAAAACCUCCCUGACACCCCCAAGAGGUUCACGGCCAGCCUCUGUGUCUUGGGCUCCCAGGGUUUCACGUCUGGGAGGCAUUACUGGGAGGUGGAGGUCGGGGAAGCGCGCUGCUGGGCCGUGGGGGUUGCCCUGGAGUCCGUGCCAAGGAAGGAGCCGCUCAACCUGUGCAGAUCUGAGAAGGUCUGGGUGCUGCAAGUGGACUGGAGGGGCCAGUACAGAACAGUCUGUGUGGCCCCUGAGAUGCUGGCACUCAGGGAAAAGCUCCAGAGAAUCAGGGUCUGCCUUGACUAUGAAAUGGGCCGAGUGACCUUGUACAACACAGAGGACAUGACGCAGAUCUUGCAGUUUGAGGCCACCUUCACUGAGAAAGUCUUCCCAUAUUUUUGGAUCUGCUCAGAAGAUACCCUUAUCCGGGUGUGUGACUGA